CAUUUCCAGCUUCUCCACAAUACAAGCACAUCUGCAAUUAAAUUUUUUCAGCAAAGCCCCUCUCUCUGUUUCUCACUCUAGGAAAUAAGAAAAGCACAUACUUUGUCUGAAUUUUGGUCCGCUGGUAUCCAUUUCUUCUCUACUUAUCGCAGAAGAAGGUGUCCGUUUAGUUAGCAAAGACAUCCAUGGAGAGGGCAAUGAGCUUGCCACUGCAACCUCCGACUUACGGAAACCUCAUAACUAUUCUUAGUAUCGAUGGUGGAGGGAUAAGAGGGCUGAUUCCGGGAACCAUUCUUGCUUUCCUAGAGUCUGAGCUUCAGAAACUAGAUGGUGAAGAUGCAAGGAUUGCAGAUUAUUUUGAUGUUAUUGCUGGAACAAGCACCGGAGGUCUAGUCACCGCCAUGUUAACUAGCCCUGACGAGAACAACCGCCCCUUAUUUGCCGCAAAAGAUAUUAAGGAUUUCUACCUCGAUAACUGCCCAAAAAUCUUCCCUCAAGACAGUUGCCCGUUUGCUCCUGCUACAAAGAUGAUCAAAGCUGUGACGGGACCAAAAUAUGAUGGAAAAUUCCUUCAUAAGCUUGUCAAAGAGAAACUCGGAAACAGACGAUUGCAUCAAACAUUAACAAAUGUUGUGAUCCCAACAUUCGACAUCAAGAGUCUUCAGCCAACCAUCUUUUCAAGCUACGAGGUAAAGAGAAAGCCAAGCAUAAACGCCUUGCUCUCGGACAUAUGCAUCUCAACCUCAGCAGCACCAACUUAUCUCCCAGCUCAUUACUUUGAGACCCAGGACUCCACGGGAAAAAUUAGAGAAUUCAACCUCAUAGAUGGCGGUGUAGCUGCGAACAACCCGACCUUUGUUGCGAUGGGGGAAGUGACGAAGGAGAUCAUGGGAGGAAGCUCGGAUUUCUUCCCCAUAAAGCCGAUGGAUUACAGAAGGUUUCUGGUGAUAUCACUCGGGACCGGAUCGCAAAAAGUCGAAGGGAAUUACGACGCAAGGGAAGCUGCUAAAUGGGGAGUGCUGGGCUGGUUGAGUAGCAAUGGUGGGAGCCCGUUGGUCGAUGUGUUCAUGCAAGCGAGCGCCGAUAUGGUCGAUUUCCACCUCUCUUCGGUCUUCCAGGCAUUACACCUUGAAGCCAACUACCUCCGAAUCCAGGACGACACAUUAAGCGAUUCAGUGGCAUCUGUUGAUAUCGCUACAAAGAAGAAUCUGAACGACUUAGUCAAAACUGGUGAAGCACUAUUGAAGAAGCCAGUUUCGAAGGUGGAUUUGGAGACGGGUCAACACAAUGCGUGUAAACUAGAGACUAAUGAAGAGGCUCUUAGAAGGUUCGCCAAGCUCCUUUCAAAUGAGAGACAACUUCGUCAUGCGAGGUCGCCACAUGGACAUAAUUCCACGAAUUUGAAACGAUGCUAGUCGUGGAAUAUUUCUACAGUCUUGAAGAUUCUUAGGGGACACGUCAUCCAUUCUUUGAUUGCUUUUGUGUAUAGGCAUUUUAUGGACUUCUUUUAUUCUUUCCAUUCUUCUCCAUUAAAUUCCGAAGGGAAGUAUGCUGCAUCAUUGGAUGUAACUUUUUUCAAUAUUAUACUUUCAAAUGAUUUUUUUUUGUAUGUUUUUAACUGGUCUGAGCUUGUACAGCAUGAUCAAGUGAAUAAAAGUUCUC